AUGAGCGACGAGAAGUCCGCCAAGGCGGAGCUCAAGGACGAGAUGCUCAAGCAGGUGAAGAGCCCCCAGUUCGUCGUCGUGGCGCUGCUCUUCGUCGUCUUCGAGCUCGUCAUCGUCUUCGGCAUCGACACGAGCAGCCGCCGCGAGGAGCUCCAGUGGCACUGGCUGUCGCUCUACUUCCUCAUCCUCUGCGGCCUCACGCCCAUCACCAUGGACAGCAAGCUCUUCUUCCGGGGCGGCAUCGCGGACGACGCGACGGACACGCAGUCGAGCGCGCUCGUCGGCUCGUCCGCGUUCAUCUCCUGGAUCUUCGCCAAGUCCAUCACGAACGCGUCGAAGAAGGGCGGCUCCUACGGCAUCUGCGGCGGCUUCGGCUACGCCGCCUGGUACCUCGCCUUCCCGUCCGCGGCCGUCGCGUGCUACCAGCUCCGCCGCAAGGGCUACAAGUCGCUGCCCGGCGCCAUCCACGCCAAGUACGGCACCUGCGCCGUGCUCGUCUUCGCCUGCUGCGUGCUCUACCGCCUCUACAACGAGGUCUGGUCGAACUCGCGCGUCAUCGCGGAUUUCUACGGCCGCGAGACGAAGAACUACAAGCUCGACGACGGCACGACGGAGACGGUCGACGCGUCGGACCCCUGGUGGGCCGCGGCGAUCAUCGCGACGGCCCUGCCCCUCUGCUACGUCUUCGCCGGGGGCAUGCGCUCGUCGCUGCUGUCGGACUCGGCCCAGGCCUUCCUCGCCGUCGUCACGCUCGCCGUCGUCCUCGUCGCGAUCCAGUACGAGCGGGCGAGCAACGACGACCUGCGCAAGUUCGCCAAGUCCUACAGCCACUGGGGCCUCUUCCAGUGGGUGCCCAAGCCGGAGCUGAGCCCGCUGUCGCUCAAGGGCGGCAUGGACAUGUUCGCGCUCGGCGCCGUGCAGGGCGGCUUCUCCUACGCGUUCUUCGACCCCGUGCUCACGGACCGCUGCUUCCUCGCGGACCCCAAGACCAUGGCGCGCUGCUUCACGGUCGGCGGCUUCGCCGCCGCCUGGUUCAUCACGCUCUUCUCCAUCAUCGGCGUCCACGGCUCCAUGCUCGGCAAGUGCGUGUCCGCGGGCUACUGCGACUCCAGCGACCUCCGCGGCGCGGACGUCGCCCAGGUCACGGCCGGCGCGCCCCACGCCGUCGCCCAGACGCUGGGCACCGUGCUCUUCUCCUUCAUCAACAUCAUCAUGGUCACGUCGGGCAUCUCGACGCUCGACUCGACGUUCACGUCCGUCGCGAAAUUGGUCGGGCCCGACGUCCACGGCUUCCUCACGACGGGCAAGCCCAUGCCCCUCGCCGACGCGACCAAGGACCACGUGAACAUCGGCCGCGCGGCCAUGGUGCUCGUCGCCGUCGUCGGCACGCUGCCCCUCCUCGACAACCCCGCGGAGCUCGACGCGACGACGGUCGCGGGCACGAUCGUCAUGGGCCUCGGCGCGCCCAUCUACAUGCUCGCGCUCCUCCCGAAGCAGCUCGAGUGGAAGGGCACGCGCCCCCUCGCCUUCCUCGUGCCCGUGCUCACCUGCGCGGCGCUCGGCAUCUGCUUCCGGCUCUCGACGGCCAAGGACAAGCACAAGGAGCUGAAGUACCCGGGCAUCGCGAAGAACAUCGACUUCUCCUACCUCAACGUCGGCGAGGGCGUCUACCGCACCUACCUCGGCAUCAACAUCCUGGGCGCCUGCAUCUCCCUCGGCGCGUGGUUCCUGUUCACGUUCGACUGGUGCUGGUUCGUCGACGAGGGCGACGAGUUCGAGCCCGCGCAGAAGGCGUUGCUCGUCGCCGACGAGCCGUCCGAGGACGACGUCGAGAUGGUCAAGCCGCCGAACCCGCCGUCGGCGGCCGAGGAGAUGAGCCUCGCCGUCGGCGGCCGCGCCGCGGACGACGAGCCGACGUCCGGCGGCGCGCCGCCGGCCGCCGAGGCCUGA